UUGUCACUGUCAGUUGUCACUGCCAUUGUGCUCGUUGCCUUUGGAAUCUUAGGUCUUGGACAAUUGUGAACGAAAUAUAUAUUUUAUAUUAAAUUUCCAUUUUAUAGCCGAACAGUAUUCGAGAGCAGACAGUGCGAAGAUUAAGGAGUGUGCUAAAAGCAUAAAAAGUCACCUUGAAUUGCUAAACGAUGGCCGCGAUGUCAGUAAUUGGAAUUGACUUGGGUAAUGAAUCCUGCUAUAUAGCAGUAGCAAAAGCAGGUGGGAUUGAGACCAUAGCAAAUGACUACAGUCUAAGGGCAACCCCUUCCUAUGUGGCCUUUUCUGGAAAAAACCGUAUCUUGGGGGUGGCUGCCAAAAACCAACAAGUCACCAAUAUGAAAAAUACCGUUUACGGUUUAAAACGUCUAUUAGGUCGAAAAUUCUCAGAUCCUCAUGUUCAACGGGAAUUGCAGUACCUACCAUUUAAAAUUCUGGAAGAUAAGAAUGGAAAUAUCGGAAUCAUGGUUCACUAUCUCAAUGAAGAACACAUUUUUUCCCCUGAACAGUGUUUGGCAAUGUUGUUGACAAAAUUAAAAGAUACUGCUAGCAUAGCUCUGCAGACGCCUAUAAAUGAUUGUGUUAUCUCUGUACCUUCUUAUUUUACUCAGAGUGAAAGGAAGGCUUUGUUGGAUUCAGCUGCUAUUAGUGGUUUGAAUGUAUUACGUCUCUUCAAUGAAACAACAGCAACGGCUUUAUCCUAUGGCAUCUAUAAACAAGAUCUACCCGCACCGGAAGAGAAACCUAGAAAUGUUAUUUUUGUUGAUUGUGGUUAUGCAUCUCUACAAGUUUCUGCUUGUGCAUUUAACAGAGGCAAAUUGAAAAUGUUAGCAACUGCUGCAGACCCAUACUUGGGAGGCAGAGAUAUCGAUCGCAUGAUCGCAGAUCAUUUUUGCGUGGAAUUCCAAAAGAAGUACCAAAUUGAUGCAAAAUCUAAUCCCAGGGCAUACAUUAGACUGUUAGCAGAGGUUGAAAAAUUAAAGAAACAAAUGUCAGCGAAUUCCACUACAUUACCAUUGGCAAUUGAAUGCUUUAUGAACGAUAAAGAUGUGAAAAGCGAAAUGAAACGAAGCGAUAUGGAAACGAUUUGCGCCAGUAUGUUCCAAAGGGUUGAGGAAACCAUGAAACGGUGUUUGCAGCAAUCCGGCUUGAAUUUAAAUGACAUCUACGCCGUGGAAAUUGUGGGUGGAUCAUCAAGAGUUCCGGCUAUUAAACAGUUAAUCGAAAAAGUAUUUAAAGUACAUCCCAGCACUACUUUAAACCAGGAUGAAGCCGUAUCUAGGGGAUGCGCUCUGCAAUGCGCCAUGCUGUCUCCAGCAGUUAGAGUUAGAGAAUUUAGCAUCACAGAUGUUCAGAACUAUCCAAUCCAUGUAUCAUGGGAUGCUAGUCCAGGCGGAGAGUCCGCUGGCGAUAUGGAAGUUUUUCCAGUAGGACAUGCAAUUCCUUUCUCAAAAAUGUUGACCUUUUAUAGAACAGAAGCAUUUCCAAUUAGAGUAUUUUAUGGAGGUCAUAUUCCAUAUCCUGAUUCCAAUAUUGGCACUUGGUUGAUCAAAGACAUCCGCCCCUCACCAGACGGUAAGCCCCAGAAAGUCAAAGCGAAGGUGCGAAUCAACCUGCACGGGAUCGUAACCGUCUCUAGCGCCUCUCUAAUCGAAGCUAAAGAAGCGACGGAAACAGAGUCUCCCGAAAAAGAAAAGAUGGAUUCGACUGCGGAACAACAGAACGGCGAACAGCAGCCGCCGCAGAAGGGCGAGGAGGACGUGCCAAUGGAAGGAGGCGAAGCCCAACAGCAGUCGGCAGAGGUAGGGUCCGGCACCAGCUGGACUAAGAAAAUAUCCGCCUGGUUCAGCGGGGACGGCGAAAAAGACAAAAAGAAAAAACUUGUUAAGAGCGUUGAGCUGCCCAUAGAAGUACUCACCUUUGGCUUUUCCAACGUUGAAAUUAACAAAUUUACCGAACAAGAGUUCAAGAUGAUUGCAUCAGAUAAACAAGAAAAGGAAAGAGCGGACUCGCGUAACGCAUUAGAAGAAUACGUGUACGAGUUGAGAAACAAGGUCUCUUCGGAUGACGAGCUGGCUCCGUUUAUCCUCGAUUUGGACCGAGAAGUAUUAGUUCGGAAACUAGACGAGAUGGAAAAUUGGCUGUAUGAAGAAGGGGAGGACUGUAACAAGCAGGUUUACGUCGAUAAAUUGGCAGAAUUAAAGCAAGAAGGGGAACCAGUACAACAGCGAAAGAUCGAAUAUGACCUAAGGCCUGCUAUUCUUGAAGAUUUUGCUCGGGCUCUGCAGCUUUGCAUGAAAGCUAUUGAGCUUAUCAGAAACAAAGAUCAAAAAUACAGCCACCUGACAGAAGAAGAAGUUGCACAAGUAGAAAAAGCGUUCCAGGAGUCCUAUCAGUGGCUCGAGCAGACUAGACAAAAGCUUAACGCGUCCUCCUUGCAUCUGCCGCCUCCGAUCACCAUUGCGCAAGUCAGACAGGAGAAAGCGAACUUUGACAACACUGUGAAUGCGAUUUUAAACAAACCAGUUCCCAAGGCACCUUCUCCUCCCAAGGAAGAAAAAAGCACAGCCGAACCAAACGCUAAACCCGACCAGAAGGAAGAAAACAUGGAAUGGUCAUAAAUUUGGCGGAUAUGAAAUGUGAUCCUAGGUCUUUUUUAUGAUAGCGAUAAUAUAUAUUUAAUUCCUAGUUGAAAUAAUUAAUUUGCAACUACGAAUCGCCGAACAAAUUCGUUUAGUUGAUUUAAUGCAUUUCUUACGUUAACUAUUUAAAAAAUAAAUAAAUUUUCACUUUGUUUAACAAUUGCAAUGUUUUGUUUUGGUUGGAAGAGAAAAGUAAUGUUAUGAUAAAAAAUGCUUUAAUAUUUAUCUCUAAAACACUAACAAUUUGUUAGCUGCAUUAGAGAGGCGUUGGACUGGCUGAAGGGUAUUUUUUUUACCUUUUUAAUAAUUGCUCACCUUAUUCAGAACAUGUGCUCGAACUUCUUGCUGUUAAAUUCGACUAUAACUGUACUAAUUGAGACCUUUAUUUACUGUUCCUUAUUAUUAAGCAUCCUUUGUCAUUGCCAGUACCUCUCUUUUGUCUUUAAUCUCACUUCUUGUUGUAAGAUGUAGAUUGAAUAUAAAAUUUGAAACAAA